AUGGAAGAGAAUUUGGCAUUAAAAGGAACGGCUGUACAGUCGACCACAUAUUACCACUGGGGAGCAGCAAACGCCAUCGACGGCAUCAGAUACGCUCCAGGUGAAGCUUCAUACUGCUCCAUCACAUUAAACCAGCUCAACCAGUGGUGGAGGCUGAACCUGCUGGAAUAUUACUACAUUUACAAAGUGACCAUCACCAACAGAGCCGACUGCUACUCGGAGCGCAUGACUGGAGUAGAGAUCCGCAUCGGAAACUCUCUGGAAAACAACGGCAACAACAAUCCCAGAUGUGCUGUCGUCACUUCACAUGUUCCACUAGGCGGUACUGUCAGUUUCAACUGCAACGGAAUGGGAGGCCGUUAUGUAAACAUGUACCUGCCUAACAUCCAGACGUUUCUCACUCUGUGUGAGGUGGAGGUUUAUGGAACAGCUUAUAGAAAAAAAGUGUUUCUGAGGAUGAAAUUAGCCUCCAGUGUUGACACAACUGCAGUGAACAACACAUUUCUAAAUCAGCUGCGGUCUGCUCUGGGGUUGAGUUCAGUCUCUGAUGUUAAACUGUCCUGGUCAAGACUCCCCUACAGGGAAGCAACGCACAAGCAGAAGAAACCAACAAGGGCUUGUGCUGAUAAACGUUAA